AUGCCCCCGUUCAAAGUCCUCACCGCCACGCACGAUGAUGGCGAGAAGCCAAAACGCUUCGCAUACAAGGCACCUACAUUUGACGCCUGGCUGGAAAUNUUUCUGCAAGACGAGAUGCCUGACCACAUCAUUGGCAUCUUGCUCAAUCUCAACUCAGACGAGGUUCAAGAGCUCAAGUCAUGCCUUCGGCCUGAGUUAAGGUUCCGCGCUGUCCCAGUGUCCACAUUCGACGUCUACUAUCCUCCUACUGGUCGAAGAAGCGAGCUGCUCUGCAAGAAGAACGCUUCUCGAUUGGGAUGGCACUUGUCUCCUUCUAAGACAACCACACUUAUCCGUUCGCCCAUUGUCUUUGCCGUCGCCCUUGAGUUCCCAGACCUCUUCAAAGAGCCUUCGUCCAUAGAGGACCAUCGCAAAGAGUGGAACCUGAACGUCUACGGCUGCUAUCCUGUUGUGCCUCAUCAGUUUCGUUGCGAUAUCUUGACUCGCUUGGUCGACAUCUGUGCGAAGGAGAUGAAGAAAGACAAGAACCUGCGUGCCGGCGCCACCCAUCCCAACCCGUAUGAGAAGAAGCCCGCUCCCGGUCCUGAGAGUUCGACCAACACUCCCUCAAACAAGCGAGCUCGCAUCGAACUGCCACCAACUGGCACCGGCAGUAGUCUGAAGCGCGAGCACGUCUGUCUUGAGUGA